AUGCAUCUACUCGUUUUCAGGCUCGUCUCCGCUCUAGCGAUCCUUUCCUCGACCGCUCUGGCAGAACAGAUCAACACCCCCGCAAUCAAAGACUCAACCAUCCUACGAUCAACCGUCAGCUGUGCCGACUGCCCCGAUCGCGACUGCUACAAAUGUACCCUGGGGUCUGCCAGCACCCUGCGCGCCAACACCGGCGGACUAGCCUUCGUCCGUAGUCUGGUGGGAUACCAGCUCCCCGUCCCAGUCGACUCCGUCACCAGGUGCACCGUCCAGUUCCCGGCUUUCACUCAGCUCCCGCAGAACGGGUUCAACGUCACUGUGAGCCCCGCUGUCUCCUCAGACUGGGAUGAAGCGACUGUGAACGGAAACAAUGCACCCGCUGCUACCGAUGCCCAAACGAUCGUGCCUGUUCCUGCGCUGUCGAACAUGCCUGCCCUUGAUGUCACAGAUGCAUGCAAAAGCGCUUCAGUCGACGGGCAGUUUUCGAUCUAUAUUGGGGUUGACUUUGGAUCUUAUGAGAUCUGGUCCAAGGACUCUGGGAAUCCAUCUGUCCUUCAUGUGAUCUAUGACAACUAG